AUGUCAGUGCCCGUGUACGCGGCCCUGACCACACAGCCGCGCGCUCAGAGGACGCCCUUCUCCAUUGAGGACAUCCUGAGCCGGAGCGGACCCCGCGCGUCCCCGCCGCCCUGUCCCGUGCCGCUCACGCACGUGCCUGUUCCAUCUGCUCACUCUUCUUUCACGAGUCUGGUGUCUCCUUACCGCACUCAUGUCUACGAACCCACGCCUCUACACCCGCUCUUCCCCUCUCCGUACCCGCCAGGCCCGUUCCACGGCCCCGUGUACCCGCUGCAGCCGCAGGCGCGCGCCGUGGGCGAGUACGCGCAGGCGCUCCUCCGUCACGAGCCUCUGGGUAAAUCUCUGCUGUGGGGGCCCUUCCUCCCGCGGCCCCUGCACAAGAGGAAAGGGGGCCAGGUGCGCUUCUCAAAUGAACAGACUCUGGAACUAGAGAAGAAGUUUGACUCUCAGAAAUACCUCUCUCCUCCGGAGCGGAAGAGACUCGCCAAAAGUCUGCAGCUGACGGAGCGACAGGUGAAAACCUGGUUCCAAAACCGCAGGGCCAAGUGGCGCCGGCUCAAACAGGAGACCCCCCAGGGACCCAAGUGUGAGCCCAGUGCAAUGAAGAGUCCCUCAUCAGAGCAUUCAUGUAGCCCCCCAUCACCUCUGCCCUCACAGCACCUGCUGGACUCCGAGCUAUCAGAGACAGACCAAGAGCUGGACAUUGAAGACACUCUAUGA